AUGUCCGCCAACCCGUUCCUCCUCGCUGCCGACAACAGCCCGGCACUUCUGCCCCUCCUUCGCGAAAACCCAGCGCUCGCCUCCCAACAGGAUGCGCACGGCUACUCGCUCGUCCACGCCGCAGCCAGCUAUAACCACCUCGACCUCUUACGAGCUCUGAUCCGAGAAUUCAAUGUCGAUGUCAACCUGCGCGACGAGGAUAAAGAGACAGCACUGUUCGUCGUCGAGACUGUCGAUGCCGCCCGGGUCCUGGUCGAGGAGUUGGGUGCCGAUGUCAUGAUCCAAGGUGCCGAUGGUAACAUCGCCCCCCAGAAGAUCAGUGAAGAGGGCGACUUCCCGCAAGUGGCCGAGUACCUGAAGAGCAAGGAGGCCGGUCGCGUUGGGGAUCUAUUGAAUGGAACCAACGGAGUGUCCCAGGAUGGUACCGCGGCACCAACCUUGCCCGAAGGACUCGAUAUCUCCGUCAGCACCGUUACACCUGCCGAACAGAACGAGGCCGAGAUAGACCCCGAGUUCCGUAGAAGGAUAGAGCAGCUGGCCGACCGAGACGAUUUUCACACCGAUGCUGGCCAGGCCGCCUUGAGAGAGCUUGUCCAAGACGCCAUCGUCGGCGAUCGUAACCUCGCAGAUCGCAAUGUCAGGUCGAGACAGGACUAA